AUGGUGGAGGCGGAGAAGGUUAGCAUUGCUGGCUAUGGCAUGUGGAUCCUGUUUGGCGUCGUCGUCCUGGCCGGCUUAGUGGUGGACCAGCUCUGCGGCGCCCACUUCGUCUCCUGUGGGCAGACCGUGCGAGGGGCUAUCUACAUCAGCUCUGGCUGGAUUGGCCUCGCCCUUUUCUUCGGGCUCAUCAUCUGUGCAACAAAAGGCGGUGAGGCCGGAUUCCUUUUCCUCACGGGUUACCUGGUAGAGGAGAGCUUAAGCGUGGACAACCUCGUCGUCAUCGCACUGAUCUUUCAAAGCUUCCGGAUAAAGCCGCAGAACCAGGGGCCAGUGCUGAAGUGGGGCAUCUUCGGGGCCAUCGUCUUCCGCUUGAUCUUCGUUUUCGCGGGCGUCUGGCUGCUGGAGCACAUGCACAGCAUGAUUUACGUCUUCGGCGGCCUCCUCUUGUGGUCCGCCUGGAAAAUGUAUAGUGAGGAGGAUGAGGCGGACGCUGGAAUGGACAGCCACGCAAGUGGAUCUUCUUGGAUGAUGCAGAUCCUGACCUCCUUGAUCCCGUACCACGCCGAUGCCAAGGGGCAUCAGUUUUUCGAGCACAUGGAUGGCAAGACCUACGCCACGCCGAUGCUGGCGGCCCUGGUGGUUGUCGAGCUGAGCGACCUCAUCUUUGCGGUAGACUCCAUCCCCUGCAUUCUGGGCAUCACCCACGACCUGUUCCUCGUUUUCAGCUCCAACAUGUUUGCGGUUCUUGGACUGCGCUCGCUCUACCUGCUCCUAGCUGAGGCUCUGGACAAAGUCCAGAACCUGAAGACGGGCCUCGCGGCCGUGCUGGCGUUUGUGGGAACGAAGAUGAUGCUGGGAGAUUACUGGCCCUUAUCGCAGUCGGUGUCCCUGCUCAUGAUUUUCGGAAUUUUGGCCGCGACCGUCGUGUCCGGCAUGAUGGGCAUCAAGAUUGGGAAGAAGAAGGGCGAUGUCAUUUUGCCUAUGUGA